UUGGUGACGUCAGAAAAGUGGAUUUCGUUUUUUAAUAAGUACGGUAUCGCUGUGAGAUUAUCAUCAGUCCUGUAGGUGUUUUAACCAAUACUAUUAAUACAGUUAUCCAUAAAAUCACCAGUUGUGUCUUUGCAUUAAUCAUUUUCAAUAUGAGUUUAAACGUGAAAAUGGGUGACCGUCCGAUUUUUAUGUACGAAGAGGAAAGCCAAUCCGAAAAAUUGGCUAGAAAAUCCAAAGAAACACCUGUAUUUCCAAUUGCUAUUGCAGCAUGUGUAGCUGCUGUAGGAGUUGGAGUUUACAAAUUUAAUAAACGGGGGAAAAUGAGCCCCAGUUUGUUUUUAAUGCAACUUCGUGUCGGUGCUCAGGGAGUGGCAGUGGGUGCACUUACAUUAGGUUUAAUUUAUACUAUGGUUGAUCAACAUAUAUUAAAGAAGAAAAACUAGAAAAGUUAUAUAUCUAACUUGCAUAUUUUGGUGUAAAUUUUGCUAAUGUAUUCUAGUAAUAUUUUGAGCAAUAAUUGUGAAUAUAGUGCAAGCUAUUUCUUAUCUUUUUUCACAAAGGUUUUAAAUUAUUUAUCUCAUUGUACUGUGUUAUCAUCAACGCCUGAUAAAGAUGAAGGUAGUUUAAGUAUUUUUAGAUAAUACAUAACUUAUUUUUAUGUACAACAUUUAUUUAAAAUAAAAAUCUAAAUAACA